AUGCAUUUGACAACCAUUGUGGCCUCAGCUUUGUUGCUGUUGGCUGAGGCGGACAUCAUUUCGGCCAAAGCCGUUUUGCAUCUGCCCAACGCGAUCAGAAGGAGAAAUACCUGGGAGGGGAUGGAGAGAGAUGCCGACAGAAUCUUCCGACGAGACCCGCAGUCCUCGACCGGCUCACUCUCAGUGGCCGCACCAACGACAGCAUUGAACGAAACAAUUGCGACGGCUUGCGUCAAUGCUCUCAAAACACUCAGCUCGGUCGAGAACGCAGCUGGCCUCGCCGCGUGCUACAACAUCUUGCAAUACGACAGCAAACAAGGUGCCUUUGAGGCCGACCUCCGACUCUAUCAGAUGUUUCAGCCAACAGGCAACUUCGAAAAUGUGCCUGUCAACGACAUCAUGAUCAGCUUGACGUAUCCCACCAGCACCACGUUCCAGUCGUUGACCAAGCGGAGGAAGCGAGAUGUCGAGGCGCGACAAAACAGCAUGGCCGAGGUGCAACAAUACACCCUCUUUGGCACGUUUGAGAAGAGCCUGAACCUUGCCAUGUUGAACGACACUCAAAUCAUGUCGCUGAUGCUGCCGGACAUCAAGCUGAACGCGGCCAACUCUCAAAUGCCCAUCAUGGCCAAUGUCAGCGCGGCCGACGGGGCAUGGUUCGUGAUUGGGCAAUUCAAGGACGAAUUCAAAGGGGGGCUCGUCGGCCCAACCGUUGCCGCCGCAGCAAUCACCGCUGCUGUUCCUUUCGUCUUGCCCGGGACGAGCCUAGGCAUUUUCCCCACGGGGUUGAUUGUCACCUGUGCCUGGACAUUCUUGUUCUUUCUGGCAUAUGGACUGGGCACCAUUGGCCGGAUCCAAUAUAGAAGUGUGUAUAGAAAGAGAAAGGCGGCUCAGGCCGGUCGAACUGGCAAGAGGAUAUAG